CGCCCGUUCCGGGGAGGGGCUUCCGGCCAUGGCCGCGCACCUCAGGCUGCGCGGGGCGCUGGCACUGGUCACGGGGGGCGGCGGCGGCAUCGGGCGGGCCGUGUGUCGCCGCCUGGCCCGGGAAGGAGCCUCGGUGGCCAUUGCGGACCGCGACGAGGCCGGGGCCGCCGAGACGCUGCGGUCGCUGCCUCCGGGGGACCACGAGGCCGUGCGGGUGGACGUGGGGCGCGCCGAGAGCGUGGCCGAGCUGGUGGACCGCCUGCAGGCGCGCUUCUCCCGCCCUGCCACCGUCUGCGUGAGCUGCGCCGGGAUCACGAUGGACGAGUUCCUCCUGAAGCAGAGCGAGGCGGCGUUUGACGCCGUUCUGCGGGUGAACCUCAAGGGCACCUUCCUGGUGACGCAGGCCGUGGCCCGGGCGCUGGUGGAGAGCGGGGCCUCUGGCGGCUCCAUCAUCAACGUGGGCAGCGUCGUGGGGAAGGUGGGGAAUCUCGGACAGGUGAAUUAUGCGGCUUCCAAAGCUGGGGUGGAAGCCCUGUCCAAGACAGCAGCCAAGGAGUUGGCCAGGUACGGGAUCCGCUGCAAUACGGUUCUGCCGGGAUUCAUCCGCUCCCCCAUGACGGAUAAGGUCCCUGCCAAAGUCCUGGAUAAGUUUGCAGCGAUGGUGCCACUGGGGCGCUUAGGGGAGCCUGAAGAUGUUGCCGACGUCUGUGCCUUCCUCGCUUCGGAGGAGAGCCGGUAUAUCACCGGGGCCAGCCUGGAAGUGACAGGGGGUCUCUUCAUCUGAGCCACUGCCGCUACCACCUCCCUGUUGGGGGAGACCCCCACCAACACACUCCCUGCGCUCCCCGGGAAGGACUGCCGGUGUCUUCUGGGGAGAAGCUGUGCUCCAUGGACAGCACCGGCACCCGGUUGAUGCCUAUCGAUGUCAAGGGGGCAUAGAGGAAUGGGCCCCAGGCUCCUCUGGAAGGAAAGGGCCUUUUCACGCCAAGGUUUGAUGUCCUGCAGGAGAGAGGGGUACGAUUGCUGUCUCAGACUGCCGCAUUUUAAAACUGAUUAUUCUCUCACCUCCUUGUGGAUUAAUCAAGCAGUUCAUUAUAUUUAAAUAAAGAUGCGUUUCUGCUUUCCGUAAGGCAAAGACGAAGAA